GCCAAUACCUCUGGCCAAUACAAAUAAUGUCAUAUGUCAUUUACGUCAAAGUUCAGUUAUUAAAAAAUUCCAGAAAAGAGCCAUAGGCAUGGCUUCGAUUUUAAGAUCUUCCAAAUUUGUCCGAUAUAUAGCUGGCUUUGCGAGAAAUGUAGUAGUUAACACACCGAGAGAAUUUGACGGAAAUUUUAUUAACACAGCAACAGCACAAUGUUAUUGCGGAGCCGUUCCUAGAACGCUUGCUACACAAACCUCGUCCCAAUACGAUCAAAACUUAGAACGUAGACUAAGGACAUUGGAUCAAGAUGUGAGAAAAUCGGGCAGAGUAUCUCGCAGAGAUAUCGAAGAUGUUUUAGAGGAAAUUCAAAACGCCCGUUCGGCCAGCAGUUCGCAGUCGCUUUUAGUGAUUCGUUGUUGCGGUAGUUUAGUUCCCGAAGAGUUGCCAGAGGUUAGAACUAAACUUGUCGAAGAAAUAUGGAGCACCCUAAACAGAUUAAACGUUCCUAUGGAUGUAUCGCAUUACAAUGCAUUGUUGAGAGUAUAUCUAGAAAACGAGCACCCGUUUUCACCUACAGAAUUCUUGAGUGACAUGGAGAGCAAGGGCAUAGAACCAAAUAGAGUAACAUACCAAAGAUUAAUAUCUAGAUAUUGUCAGGAAGGGGAUAUAGAGGGUGCGACGAAAAUUUUAGAAUACAUGAGGGAAAAACAAAUGCCUGUUAAUGAAAAUGUUUUUAAUGCCCUUAUUUUUGGUCAUUCACAAGCAGGUGACAUGGAUUCCGCACAUGGUAUUCUCACUGUUAUGGCUCAGGCUGGCCUAGAACCAAGUGCUGACACUUACACUACUCUUUUAUGUGGAUAUGGAAGGAAUGGUAACAUAAAAGCAAUUAAUGAGCUGCUAGCGGAAUGUGAAGUAAGGGAUAUUUAUUUAUUAGACAAGGAUUAUUUAGAUAUUGUUUAUUCAUUGGCAACUAAUGGUUAUAGUCAGUAUGUCCCUGACAUAUUGGCCAAAGUACAAAAAAAUAUUGGCUAUAAUCAGGAUGCUUCAAAUCUUAUCUUAAGAUUAAUUAAUAAAGGAUGUGAAAGUACUGCAUUUGAGGUAAUGAAAACAAUGUCACGAAGUGUACUGCCUAAUGGUUCUUUAAUGCCUAUCGGAAACUUCUUUAUCAGGCAGCUUGUUAAAGCUGAGAAACCAAUAGAAACAAUUUUGAGUUACUGUAAGCAACUGGAAGAAGAAAACAUGUACGAUAAAGGCCUCUUGUUAGCAACAGAAACUAGUUUGGAACUUGGCAAAGAAGAACUAAGUUACGCUCUUUUAGAACAGUUACACAAAAAUGGGUUUGAAAUUAGACAACAUUAUUUUUGGCCCCUAAUUCUAUUAAAAGCUAAAGACUCGAGUGGAAACGGUAUAUUACAAGUUUUAAAGAACAUGCAGAGCUACGAUCUUCUACCCAGUUCUGAAACUAUGAGGGAGUAUAUACUUCCUAACCUGAACAUGAAGAGUAGUGAAAUUUUAGAGGUUCUACGAGAUGCUAAUAUACCGCUUGGCACGUCUGUGAGCAGUGUAAUAAUUAAUUUGCUUCAAAAACAUGAAAUUUCUGAAGCAGCCACAAUUGCUGCAGGGGUAAGAGCGUAUUAUAACCCAGAAUUAUUAAAAAAACCUUUAACGAACGCCCUACAGACAAGUGGAGAUGUGGAUUCUUAUGUUUCUUUGUUACGAACAAUUUAUGAUAAUUUGGAAAAUAUAACAAAACUAAAUGAAACUUUUGAAGUUCCUGAUAAAAGUAAUGUCCUAGGCUCACUAGUCCUUGAGUUAGUGCACCACAGUAAGAACUUUAGUCAAACAAUCCCGUUAGUAUUAGAAAAAUUAGUCGAGCAAGGUUUAAGCAUAUCAACAGAAUAUGCGGAAAAGAUUGAAAGCAAAUUGGGGGAAAAGAUGACUGAUUGUAUAUCAGAUUUAUUAGGCAAAUUGACCUCUGGAGACUUAACACCUGUACCACUGAAAACUAACAAACCUAUUUAUACACCUUUUAACCAGAUGUCCAUUCCACAAUUAGAGAGAUUGAUUCAGAAUCUUACUAGUAAAAAUCAAGAAACUAUUGGGUUGAAAAAGCAUCUGUUUACCUUAUACUACAGGGAUAAAAAUCUUGAAGGAAUAGAGAAACUAUUCGAAGACCUUAAAAAGGAUCCUAAAUUCGAAGGCACAGCUGGCAUCUAUGCUCAGUUAUUAGAUGCGUACGCAAGUAAUAAUAAACUUGACAAGGCUUUAGAACAACUGGAUCUCAUUAAAAAAAUAGAAGGAGAAAAUUUUCAAUUAGACGAAUCUAAGAUCGUAAGAUUAGCUGCUGUUUUAGUUGAUAAUGGCCAAUUUGAAAAUGCCAUCAGACUUUUGGAAGACACACCUAAAGAUAGAAAUAAUACAAACCGUGGAUAUGCGUACAAUUCACAAGUAUGGCGAUUUUUAAAUUCCUUAGCCGAAAAGGGGCGUACAACUGAGUUAUAUCAACUAUUUGAUACCUUAGUUAAGAAUGAUUACAUUGAUGUUAACAAUAUUUUACUUGGACCAUUGAUAAGAGUUCACAUUGUUAAUAAUGAACUUGACACUGCUAUUGAGAAAUUAGAAUGGUGUGUAAAUCAGUUUAAAGCUACACCUUGGAAGAACGAACUGACUUGCAGACUGAUCCAGUUAGAGGAUGCCGAAAAAUUGCAAAAGUUAACAGACUUGAGUACUGUGGUUCAUGGAGAAAUAAAUAGUUUGUACGAUUUAGUGUUUGCCUUUGUGGAAUGUGGAAGAGUUAGACAAGCAAGGAAAAUACUGGAAACUCCUGGACUACAAAGCAGACCGAAAAAAAUUAAUUUUGCAUGUGAAAGAUUUCAACAAGAAGGUUUAAUUACUCCUUUGGAAGGACUUAAGGAUGCCACCAGGGACUUGAACUACAUUGACCGUACUGACAUUUAUUAUCAACUUUUACUCAGCUACAUUAAACAAGGAGAGCCAGAAAAGUGUUUAAAUCUUUGGACCCAAAUGCAGGAAGAAGAUCUCGCACCCACCAAUCAAUUUUUAUUAACCCUUGGAAGUUUCUUACAAGAAAAAGGUAUUGAAGUGCCAUUUGUUGUGCCCCAACCCCAGAUUCAAGCAAGACCUCAAGAGACUACACAUUUUACUGUGAGACCAGUUGAAAAUUCUGCACGUACUAACCAAAAUAUUUUCAAGCAAAAACUCCAAAAAGGUGAUAUCGAUGGAAGUCUCCAGAUUGCGGCAGUUUAUCAUGAUAAUUUAUCGAUUAACGAUAUAUCACGUUUAAUUGAGAAACUUAUUCAUAACGAUAGAUUAAAUGACGCUACAAGCAUUACUCUCAAAUUAUUGGACAAGGACAAAUAUCCAGUUCAGAAAAUUUUUAGAUUCUUGUUGAACCGUUUAGCUUCUGCUGGUGAUAUUCACUCUUUAGAGCAAAUUGGUAAUAAGUUAAAUGCCAGUGUAAAGAAACUAGUUUCAUUUGAUAACAGACUGUGCCAUGCUAAUAUAGUUGCCGGUAAAGGCGAAGAUUACCUGAAUAAAUUGGAAAAAGACAUUGAUUCAACCAAUUCUGAGAACCUAAGUAUUAUUAGUGGCCAGUUUCCUAGAGGUGGAGCGUAUGGCAUACUUGAACACCAUCCGAACCUGACAGAUAAAUAUGAACAAAUAGCUAUUAAAUACGCUAGCAAGGGAAUCGUAGGUCCACUAAAUGUUUUAUGGACUAAAUACUUUAUAAGCAAUAAAGAUGAAAAGGCGACACAAAUCUGGAACGAAUACCUGAAAGAUUCCCCUAGAAUAAUGUUCCAGAAAAUAGUUCAAACUGCCAGAGAAACUCAAGACGAGCACCUCAUACAGAAACUAAUAAACCACUUAAAAAUCAGUAACGUUACAGAGGGCGCUACCGGCAAUGCUUACAGUUGCUAUUUGGACGUACUUAUUGCCAAAAACAAAUCGGAAGAAGUUGUGAAUGUGUUUGAAAAAGCUUUAACCGAAAUCGACAUCAACAAUAUCAAUAGGACGGCCGUUUUGAGAGUCAAAGAAGUUUAUGAAAAGUUGGGUAAAGAAUUCAGUCAUCCCAUCCCAACAAAAAACAAAUUUAGCAAUGGGGAGGAGGAAUAACGAUUGAUUGUGGAAAUGUAUUUUAGUGUUUAAGUUUAUUAAAUUUUGUUUUAUAAAA